AUGGCUUUUCUUAAGAUUGCAAUUGUAUGCUGUGCACUUAUUUCCGUAAUUGAAUGUGGAUUAUUACGUGCAGCACCUGUAGCACUUGCACCAGCGCCAGUUGCUGCAGUACCUUUGAACACAGAAAUCGAUCCACAUCCACAGUACGCUUUUGCAUAUAACGUACAGGAUGCCUUAACCGGUGAUAGCAAGAGCCAACAAGAAGUGCGUGAUGGUGAUGUUGUGAAAGGCUCCUACUCAGUUGUGGACGCUGAUGGUUCCUUACGUACCGUUUUCUAUACCGCUGAUCCUAUAAAUGGUUUCAAUGCUGUCGUGCAACGUGGUCCAGUUCCUGUUGUACCAGCUAGACCUGCACUAGCUGUAGCCGCAGCACCUUUACCUGCACGCAUAUUCUAAACA